UAUUAAUUUAAUGUUCAGUUUUCAAAAGCUUUUCAGCUACUUGAACCUUUCUGGAGAAAGUUUUCAGUUUUCCCAGGAAAGUAGUGGUCAAGAAGUUAAAAGUGGGAGCUUUCUCUUUGUUAUUGUGCUCUUGCUUUUGUAUGAUUUGAGAAAUGGCAGAACAAGUGUUGAUGAGACCGGGAAGGUCUCUGGCUGAGACUCCUACUUACGCUGUAGCUACGCUGAUUACUGGAAGACUAAGCGAGGUGCUGGUCAUCCAUGUAGAAGUAUUUUGCUUUGUUUGAAGAAGUUUCAGGGAGUUAAAGAGGACAACAUUUCUUUUGCUUUGUUUUGUUCCUGAGAAAAUGCCGGAAAAUGGAACGCAUUGUGUCCGGAAUCACUGUUAAUUCACUGGGAACCACCUGAAAUCGUAUAAGUUUCGAUUGUUGUAGAGCAGAGCAAAUUUCUUGACAAUGUCCUGUUUGGUUGCUGGGAAAAUGUGGGUUCCACGAAUGAAACUGAGCCUGGAUUUAGGAGUCUGGACCCACCGGGCUUUUUGGGCCUUUUGUCUGGGAAUUUAGAAAAUUUGUUAUAUUCCUCUGUUUAAUUGCUCAGACAUUUUUUCUGAGACAAUUGGUUUUGGCCUUAGGGCGAAUUUUCAAUUAGGAGAAGAAAUGUCUAAUUUUUAAGCUUUCUCUCUACAGUGGUUGAAGAAGACUCGGAGGAAGGCUCUGUUUGCUUCUUUGGAGAAAAUUAAGGAAGAGCUGAUGCUGCUUGGGCUUAUAUCUUUGUUGUUGGCGCAAUGGGCAAGAUGGAUAUCUGAGAUUUGUGUAAAUUCAUCUUUUUUCAGUAGUAAAUUCUAUCUUUGUUCAAAGGAGGAUUUUGACCUCGCGGAACAUGUCUUAUUUGAAAGUUCAUCAUCUUUUCUCAACAAGACUGAUAUUCCUCCAAAAGGGAUAACCAUUCAAACGUCUCAUCAAUGUGGUGAGGGUCGUGAACCCUUUGUUUCAUUGGAAGGUCUUGAGCAGCUCCACCGGUUUCUAUUUGUUCUUGGCAUUACUCAUGUUCUUUAUAGCUGUUUGGCUGUUGGUCUGGCCAUGAGCAAGAUUUACAGUUGGAGGAAAUGGGAAAACCAAGCCAGCUUAGUGGCUGAUGAGAGUUUGCAAGCAAAGAAAAACAAGGUGAUGAGGCGACAAUCAACCUUUGUUUUCCACCACGCAUCUCAUCCAUGGAGCAGAAGCCGCAUUCUCAUUUGGAUGCUUUGCUUCCUGAGACAAUUUAAGAGUUCUAUAAAGAAAUCGGACUACUUGGCACUGCGAUUGGGUUUCAUCACCAAGCAUAAAUUACCACUUUCUUACAAUUUCCAUAAAUACAUGGUUCGCAGUAUGGAAGACGAAUUUCAUGGCAUUUUGGGGAUUAGCUGGCCACUUUGGGUUUAUGCAAUAGUGUGCAUCUUCAUAAAUAUUCACGGCUUAAAUAUCUACUUUUGGCUAUCUUUUAUCCCUGCCAUUAUUGUCAUGUUGGUUGGGACAAAACUUCAGCACGUUGUUUCCACAUUAGCACUUGAAAUUGUGGAACAAACAGGUCCAUCUGUUGGGACUCAGUUGAAGCCACGGGAUGAUCUGUUUUGGUUCGGAAAACCUGAGAUACUUUUAAGACUGAUACAGUUUAUCAUAUUUCAGAAUGCCUUUGAGAUGGCAACAUUCAUCUGGUCUUUGUGGGGAUUCAAAGAAAGAUCGUGCUUCAUGAAAAACCAUAUGAUGGUAGUUAUUCGGCUAGCAUCUGGGGUUCUUGUUCAGGUCUGGUGCAGCUAUAGCACAGUGCCUCUGAACGUAAUUGUCACUCAGAUGGGAUCGCGGUGUAAGAAAGCCUUAGUUGCUGAGAGUGUGAGACUCUCUCUUCACAGCUGGUGUAAGAGAGUAAAGGAGAGGUCUAAACGAGAAUCUGUGCAUUCAGUUGCAACAAGAUCAGUAUGUUCACUUGAUACAACAAUUGAUGAAGGAGAUGAACUUACAGUUGCAUCUGGCACUAUAUCUCGGUCAUCUUCCUUAGGCUCACUGAAUGAGGUAACCGUAGCACCUCCUGAAAAGGCAGAAGAUGCCGAGACUUCAAACCCUCACCACAAUGAACUUUCCGCGCGGAUUGAAGAGUACUUAAAUGACAGUACAUCACAUCCUCCCAUCAUUGAAGAAGAUGAUUAUUCAGGCAUCAUAGAGGAACCGAAAAUUGAGAGUCUCUCAGAAUUGUUUAGAAGGACUUGAGUAAGUUUUCAUAUUAACUCCAGUUAUUUUUUUCAUGGCCUAAAGUGGCAUCUUCUGCCUGAAAGUACACCUUUCAAAUUAAUUAAAUCUAAACACUCAGCUUAUUACA